ACUCGAGCUCGCUGUUAAAAAGGGAUUUUAUAAAAACUUUUUAGAACUAUUUUCGUGUAUUUCGUGAUACCGUUAUCUCGGUGAUAGGAGAAAAUUAGAGUCAUUUGCAACUUCCGCCGUUGUUCUCCUAGGAAAAGUGGACCUUCCCGGCUGUACAAACCGUAAAAACCGUAAAAAACUGCAGCGCGAAAAGAUCCAAAAAAAGACCGUACUGCAAUCACGAAGAAGAAUUCUUAAUCCUGCGGGAAAAACUUACUUUUAAUCAACCGUAGAUAGCGUAGAAAUCUGCGGCCGUGAUCCGGGUGUUUCGGAAAUCCAUCGCAAACCGCUCCGGCAAGUGUUACGGUUCGUGUUUCAGCACGGAUCUUUACAGAAAAUUGGGAUAUGUGGCCUUAGCAACCACUUCCAAAGAUAGCAGAGGAAUAUAGAUUAACUUUCCAAGGCCCAGGAACCUGUAUUCGGUAACUGUACAGAGGUGAAACCUCACUGAAGAAGAAAGAAUAAUCCUUCGCCAACUAAAAUCCAACUAAAUCCGUAAAUGAAGGAAAUAAGCCAGCAGUUCGAUGUGGCCCACCACUUCGUUAGCGUGCUGGAACAAGAUGAUAGCAUGUCGCCGGGAAUAGCCGCUAUUAAAACUCUGCUGAUGGUGCUCGAGAAAACGAAAUUCGAUACCGUUCAGGAGCUGCACAGUACUAUCCAAUCGGCCGUGCGCGCGAUGCGCGAUACGGACAAACCGAUGACAUCGGUCGUUUCUGGGACGGAAUUGUUCUCGCGAUUUAUCACUUUGGCCAAGUUCGACGACAAAACGAUGGACGAGGUGCGCGAUAUCAUGCUAAGGCGAGGGAAAAUGUUCCUCACGAAGCUGCUGGAAAGUAGGAACGUCAUUGCGAAGCAAGCAAUUGCUUUCAUCAACGAUGGCUGCCGAAUUCUCACGCAUGCCCGAUCCCGUACUGUCCGCGAAGCGCUGAUACUGGCCGCACAGCACAAUAAACGGUUCCACGUGUUCAUCACCCACAGUGCUCCAGAAUGUGGUAGUCCAAACGGAACGAUCAGUGAUGGUCAACAAAUGGCAACCGAACUGGAAAAGGCUGGUAUCGAGUGUACCAUCAUCCUAGAUGCCUCGGUAGGAUACGUGAUGGAAACGGUAGACAUGGUUCUGGUUGGUUCCGAGGGAGUGGUAGAAAGUGGUGGUAUUAUUAAUCGAAUCGGCACCGUUACCAUGGCGAUCUGUGCCAAGGAGAUGAAAAAACCGUUCUAUGUACUCGUAGAGAGCUUCAAGUUCUGUCGCCUGUAUCCGCUUAACCAGCGGGAUCUGCCAGAUGACUACAAGUACAGGAAAAGCGACCUCACGAACAAGGCCAAGGCACACCCGAUGGUAGACUACACUGCGCCCGGCUACAUUACUCUUCUUUUCACCGAUCUCGGUAUACUGGCACCAUCGGCUGUGAGCGACGAGUUGAUCAAGCUGUAUCUGUAACUGUUAUGAGUCGGAAUAAACUUCUUUAAGUGAGAGCGAUGGCAAAGCCAAACGAACUUUAUCUUAAAUGAUUUAUUUAUGUAAAUAUCGCAAUACUUCUAGCUAGA